AUGAAGAUCGUUCAGUUCUCGACGAUAAUUCUGGCGACGAUAACACAUGAAGAAAAUUCAGAACUGCCGGAUGGACUGGAAGACGGCUCGGAGGACUCUGAAGCCGGUGCAACGGAUGAAGAUGAUUGGCAAGAAGAAACUGAUGUCAGUCUGGUGGAAAGCGACAGUGAUCAGGAACCGCCAAGACGUCGUCCGAAGCUCGAUCAGCGAUCAGAGUCGGAAGUAUUUUUGUGA